CACGAAAUUACAGCUGGUGACGUUCGGUUAAGAUAAAGUGGACGUCAAACAACCUCGUCCUGCUACUGAUGGACUCGCGAUAGCAAUUGAAGCGCACCUGAAUACCUGGACAUCAACUCUAACUCGUUCAGAUGAGUAGGCGUCAGUUUAAAUCGCAGGCCAGCAGCGGCCGUGUGGGCGGACUUGCUGGGUUUGGCACUUCAGCGUUUGGCUCAACCCCCUCUUCCACCCUCUCUUAUGUACAGGAGCCGCCGGACUUUUCAAUUAUCGGUGAUUCGAACAUCGUAGUCGCAUUCAAAAAUGUCCUCAAGAAAGACAGCACAACGAAAGCUAAAGCGUUGGAAGAUCUCCUUAACACGUACAGCACGUCAGCGAGCGAUAUUGAAGAAGGCGUUCUGGAGGCAUGGUUUAAACUUUUCCCGAGGCUCACAAUCGACAAUUCUCGUCGAGUGCGUCAACUUACUUUCAACCUGAAUGGGCAACUCUGUUCCAAAUGCGGUAAAAGGAUUAUCAAGCACAUUUCAAAUAUAUCCGGGCCAUGGCUUGCUGGGCUUUACGAUUCAGAUCGUGCGGCGGCGAAAGCUGCACACGAAUCUCUUCACGCCGUCUUCCCCAGCCCGGAAAAAGUGCAGAAUCUCCGUGAAAAGUUCCAAGGGUCAAUAUUGAAAUACUGUGAGGACGCGAUACUCAGAGAAUCUCCUGAAAGUCUGAGUGAUGAGCGCAUGGUGAGCGCUGACGACGCCGAAGCAACAUAUGCCCGCGUGGUGUCUGCUUCCAUUGCAGUGGUCUCAAACUUGAUCGAGACUCUGUCGGAAGACGAACUUUCGAAGCAAUCUGAGGGUUAUGGAAACAUUCUCGAUGAUGCCAAGUUUUGGGAUUUCGCAUACCAUACUGAUGCUGGAGUGCGUCGCGCACUGCAUAGAUUUGUGAGGAUCUGUGGAAAGAAGCAACCUUCGUUGAUUGAAAGAAACCUCCAGAAUGUUAGCACAGCUUACAUAUACAAAGGACUUCCAUCUGAUCAGACUGCAUCUUCCUUGGAAUAUGUGAUGACAGUGGAGUUCCUCACCACGCGAUUUGCUGGCGUAUGGACCCAUGCAUACACAGCCAAGCGACCGGCUGCGUCUCGUCUCCGCUCAUGCUUGAAGCAUGGAUCACACUCCGGUGUAGCCUCAUUCUGGACGUCGCUAUCAGAUGUCAUCAAGGCUCUGCCUCCUGACAUCCUGCCAACAUCGCCUGAUGGAAUCGCUGAGCUUCUUGAGGCCAACAGAGAGGGCGCUUCAAGAAAAGAAGAGCGCCUCGCUUCUCAGGCCGCAUGGACAGCGUACGUGGAGUUGCUGAAUGUCCUAGUCCCGCGAGCAGAAGCGACUGCUGUUCAGAGUCUCCUUGCAACUUAUGCUCUCCCAUUAGUUGAGCAAUUCGUGCUACCAACAGAUGAUGCGCAGAAAUGGAACGUGGCAGGGGCGAAGCCAGCUGGGCUGGUCGCGAAAGUUUGUCUAAUUCCACAGUUUGGCACUAUUCUGCGGCAAGAAUGGCCAUCGAUAUGCAACCGGGUCAUCGAGCUCGCAAGACUGUCCCAGCCUGAGCAGUCCAGCAAUUUCGAUAAAUCACAAAAGCUUGUUGCUUCAACCGGGCAGCGGUUGGCAGAUCUCCAGAGAGAGAUUCUGAGGAGCGAUCUAGGAGCUGGCGCAUCAAUGCACACGACUAUAGCCCAAUCAAGCGCAAAUCUUAUCGAGCGCUGCAUAGAACUACUGAAAUCUAGGAACAGCAAACCAUACGGAGCGGCAGCCAUCGUCAGAGAGCAACUUCAAGCGUGUGGGAAGCAUUUGCUCCAGGAGCCAAUUUAUCACACACAAAUAUCUGAAAUCGCUCAGAACGACAUUCCGCGGCUCUUUCAAAGCCCUUCGCAGACUGAGCUCGCCAAAUGUCUGUUGUCCCUUGAAGCAGAGCCCUUCUUCGAGUCUGCGUUCGCAAAAACGCUCGACCAAGUGUUGAGCAAUGACAGCGAUACUUCAAUCGUCAUGUUGAACGCUAUUAACGCCCUUCUUCCCUUUGACUCACCCACCACGGCCGUCCGUGUAGCGAGAACCGCAGUUCCGCUUCAGACUUUCCUCGCUACGAACAUUCCUCUAAUGCAAGAUAGCGCUGCUUCCACUAUCUUCUCGAAUCUCUUGAAAAUUGGCGCAAUACCUCAAGAUACUUCCGACGUGAUCUUGACCCAGAUGACCACCUCUUUAAGCAUCUCUAACGAGGGACUUCCCUCGGGUAUAGCAGCUUUUGAGCAGCUCGCGAAGAACAAUCAUGAUACAAUGCGGAAAUUCAUCACGCAGGCCAAUGGCAGUGGUACCCAGCUAUUGCCCAACAUACUCCUUGUCGAACAGUCUACUACGGGAGAUCUUUCGGGCCGAGCUAACGCAUUGUCCUCUCGUUUGAGCUCUGCGAUCAGCGAUGCGGGUUCUGAUGUCAAAUAUGGCGCAGUGCUUCAGAACCUCGUCAACGUGUCCGCACAAUCUCUACCAAUUCAGGUGAUCACGGAAUUGGUCGAUAGAAUAGAAGGUGAUGGCCAAGAGCAGAUGGAGAUUGACGCAAUGCUACCAGAUAUCAAUGUCUGGCAGGAAGCCCUGCUUGCUGUGCUGAGUCCACCGAAAAGCUCGCUCAGCAUUUUGAGCCCAUUCGGUGGUGCAUUAUAUUUGGUACAAAACGUCUCUCAAACACCAGGUGCCGUUGUCAACUUUGAUGGCGAAGGGCUUUCUGCGGCCCUGAGAAUUGCGAUGUAUGUGACUAAGGUUUUCAGUCGACCAUCGAUAAAUGUCGGCGGCCGCGACCGCUUAGAUUUUCUUGUUGCAUUGCUGGCCAUCACGACAAUCUUGGCUGAAGACAAUGUGAGCAUCCUUGGCACAAACGGGCUCUGGAAUCCGAGAAUGAACACAUCAGUAGAGAACGAUGUGCUGCAGUUCAUUUCAGACGCCAAUGUCGUCCAACAGAGGUUUCAUCACAAUAGCGCUACAACAAAUGCUGACGGCGCUUCCUUCGAGACUGGGCUGGUUGCAUGCUUGACAGAGAUCAAGGCAGGCUCAUCAUUGUUAUCUCCAAUGGCGUACUACGCAGCAUUAGCAAUUUCCAAGGUCAACGAAAGCACUUCCGAGGCUACCGGUUAUCACAGCACUCAAGCCAAGACUAGCGAAGACAUCCUUCGAUCACGACGAGCGGAGAAGCAACCACUGUCGGUGCUAGAAUGCCUGGUGGGCCUGGCAAAGCCACUGGCAGGGAGUCAGCUUGUCGGCCGCAUGUGCAACGAACUUCUUGCUGAGCUCACAGCAUCGGAACUGGAUGCUACCGGAUCGCGUACGCUUGAAGCCUUAGUGAUUCUGAACGUCAUUCUUGCUACUCAAGAGGACGCGAUAGCCGGAAUAGCAAAAACACGUCUCGUCCUCUUUGUCAAACACAUCAUACCAUGGAUCUCCGUCGAAACAUCAGCCUUCACCAGAGUAGAGACUUACAAGACUUUGACACACCUCUUGCCAAGCAUGGCCGAUAUGUAUGGCGAGCAUUGGGACAAGAUUUUGAAAUCUUCUCUCAAUCUCUGGAAAUCAAUCGCAAAUGCCACAGAAGGAGCAAUGAUCUCAGAGCAACAUAUUUUGCUUGGCAAUGUGUCGCUGAGGUUGUAUGCGGGCCUAACACGUCUCAACAAUACUACCGAAGACGUCAACGAUGAUCUUUCCGCUGCUCUUGGCGAUGGCGGCGCUGUGACGGGUGGCCUCGUGAAUCUGUUGAAAGCGUUUUCGGCCGCCUCUGACGCUGACCACGCACCGCUCAUGGCCACAAACGAACUGCUAUGUCGCCAGAUCACCGGUCUGAACGUGACAGUCAUGGAUGAUAUCGGAGAGCUGUACCCAGUGAUGUUCUCGUCGUCACCUUCACUGCAGAUCGCUGCUUUCGGAUUAAUCCAGAAGCACAUUCUUGCCUCUCAAGAGCAGAUUUCUCUUGAUGCUGCACUUGAUAACAAGACAGCUCGACUCUCGGACGAGUUGUUGUCGCUUCUCCUGCAAAGUCCAACGGCCGACACGCUUGGAGAUGCUUCUUUUGAGAGAACAAUGCCCAUCGAGCUGAGAAGCUACUUGUAUAGCUGGCGGCUGGUUUUCGAUCACUUUAUCAGUUCAAGCUACCGCGUAAGAGCGGACUACACUGAUCAGAUUAAACGAAAUGGUGUGCUCCCUCACCUGCUGACAUUGACAUUCGACCUGCUUGGGCACACAGACGGCAAACCUAUUGACGCAACUAAGUUUGACAUCCAGGACUACAAGCCUGACAAUGCUUCGAACCCUGAGAAAGAUGCGCAAUGGCUACUUGCUCAUUUGUUCUACCUUUCAAUGCUUCACAUACCGAGUUUAGUCCAAAGCUACGUACGCGAUGUGCGAUCAAGACAGACCUCUCUAGCGAUUGAGACGUGGACGGCAAAAUACGUCAGCCCAAGUAUCAUCAAUGCUAGUCUCCAAGAGGUGGCGAUUUGGGCUGAGAAGAGUGUGAAGGAGGACCCUGAGUACGAAAGCAUGACGGUAAAGCCCAGUAUGCAAAGCAAAGAAGUCAACGUGAGCUAUCUGGUCGACGAACAAACCAUGGCGAUCAAGGUCGUCCUUCCGGAGUCAUAUCCCCUGGAGUCGGCGAAGGUGCUCAGCGUCAGUCGCGUAGCUGUGAAGGAGGAGAAGUGGCAAAGCUGGCUGCGCAACUGUCAGGGAGUCAUCACAUUUUCGAACGGCAGCAUCAUCGACGGCUUGUCGGCCUGGAGGAAAAACGUCACUGGAGCACUCAAAGGUCAAACCGAGUGCGCCAUCUGCUACUCGAUCAUCAGUGGCGACAAACAACUGCCGACCAAGCGUUGCCCGACCUGCAAGAACCUUUUCCAUGCGAGCUGCCUGUUUAAAUGGUUUAAGACGAGCAACGCCAGCACGUGUCCGCUGUGUCGAAAUCCAUUCAAUUUCAACUGAAUUUUGACAUUUCUUGAGAUCGACAUCCAUACAUAGCGGAUUGCAAAAAGAAUUCAUCGUAGAUGAGUCGUAGAUCAAAGUGCCAGGUGCAGAAUGAAAUCAACAAAUGCAGGAUGAUUCACCAGGU